GCGAACCACGGUGCCAGGUCACAGGUUUGAGCCAAGUGCUUGUUUUUUCGUAGGGUGAUGAAAAAUCUCUCUCUAGAGUUGGAGGAAAUUCGUUCGUUGUGAAGGAGGGAGGGCCAGUGGAAGAGUAAGGCGAAAAUAAAAUACACGCUCACAAAAAAAACAUCGGCCAUCGGUGGAAAACCCAAACGAUAGCGUCAUGAGUUGCUUUGGCGAUUGCCUCGAACUGGGGCCACCGCCCGACAUGAUCCUGUCGAUGCCGCCGCCUCCGCUGUCGUCGUUCCUGCUGCCCAAGAAUGCGCUGGUGGCCGCCAGCAAGCCGAAUGGAAACAGCAACCACAGCCUGCUGUGCAGCGCUGCCUUCAUCUGCGAACCAUCGCUGAAGGCAAUCGAGCAGUCCGGGAUGGAGUUCAUCGAGUUGCCUGGAAACGGGAUGGACGACACCUGGGUGCUGGUGUUGAUAUCUUCCUGUGUCGGAGUACUCCUACUCGGCGCUCUGCUGGCGAUGGUCCUGAUCAAAUGUCGCGAUCGUUUCUGCUUCCGUUGCAGCUCGUUCGGUUACUCGUACCACGAUAGCAACCUGAAGCAACCGCCACUGCACGCCCUCGGCAGCGAGCCGGUCGUGGCCACCAAGGCGGCCGUCUUCAUGCCGGGCGGUACGAUUCUCUACCCCACGGGGCACGUGCACCAUCACCACCACACCCAUCCGCACCAGCAGCACGGACAGCCGGUGUACGGACCGGACAACCGGACGCUCUGGGCCGCCCUGACUCCGCACGGAACGCAACACUUCAUCACCGAAUCGUACGGCGGCAACCCGGAGGAUCACUACGAGGUGAUCGACUAUGGGCGCAAGCACGAGCAGUACAUCCCGUCCGCGCACGGUACGAUCGUGAAGAGCAAGAACUCGUUCGAGAACUCCGGCUUCGUCGACUACGACUACGAAGAUCCGACCCCGCUGAUGGAAUCGUACGCCCACUUCGACGACAUGGACUCGGGCUACCAGGAGCCACAGGAAGUGCUCGGUUCGCUCGGCCGUCCCGGGCUGACCACUCACCGUCACACCAACCCCACCAUCUCAUCUCCGGUCCCGAUCGAACACCCCAACCUGGCCCCGUUGAACCUCUACCCGACCGUUCAGUCGCAUCGCAGCUCGACCGGCAUUGCCAUCGGUCAAACCGGAACGCUCGGCUCCUCGACCAUGGGCCGAAAAUCGUCCACAACCGGUGCCGGAACACUUUCCCGUCGCAUCAGCGACAUCAAGAACUGAACCGGGGCAAGCGGGACCGGACCUAGUGAGUGAGAAAGGGGGGAUGUCCUGAAGGUGGAUCGAACAAAUUCCUAGCCAGCGAAGAAUCCUUCCGUAAAGCCAUCGUUCGAUGGGCGAACAGGAGUGAGACGACGGGGAGGGAUGGCAUCAUAUUUAUUACACAACUAUUUAUACCAGGUCAGGUUGGUGGGACGUCGACAGCUUUGGCUGGCCAGCUACCGCACUAUUUUCUACAACACGCUGCCGUGCGGUGAAAGGAAAAUAAAAGGCGCACCGCACGAACGCACGAUCACAUUGAUUGAAUGAGACAGAAUGUUCCUCGUAAGACAGAUGGUAGGACAGAGUAAUACACACAUAAUAUAACAAACCGCUUGCAAAACUAGUUAAUAUGUCAGUAGAUGGAAAACAGUCUCCAUAAUGCAUUCCCCGGUUCCCCAAACGACACGGUAAACUUACGCAACUGUAUCUCCACGCAUCUAAACUAACUAAUAACAGUACACUAACUCGCAGCAGAGAGCAAAAGUUGGAGGAAAACUGUCCCAAACUGGAAAUGAAAAGAUAGCGAACUAAAAGAGAAUGCAGCUAAGAGAUAAAAUACCGCUUGUUUGCUAACGCAAAAGCCACAAAACAUGAUAAAACAACACGAGAAAAAAACACACAAACACAUUACAAACCUGAAACUGAUACAUUUCAACGAACGAAAAAGUGGCCGUUUGAUCGUGUUAUAAUUUUGUCAACCCACUUAAAGGAAUUGUAACUCGAGGAAGGAAGCAAAGGGUGGCGGAUUCGGAACGGGAUAGUUUUGUGUAAAUUUCAGAGUGCUAAGUACAUUUCAAAUAAAACAUAGAACCUUAUCGUGUG